AUGACAGCGUCGACGUUCCCGCGUGAUACUCCCAGCAAAUGCCAAGGGCAAAUAGGUAAUUCGUCGUUAACAGAUAGAUUGUUUCUUUUAAUUAUUCAAUUAAUUAUUAUCUCCUCUGGCUCUUUGCUUUCCCUCUCCUUUCGUUUUUCUAUUCCAAAAUUUCUUGAUUUGAUUCCCAAAAAAAAAAUCCAAUUCCUUAGAACUACAUUAUCUAUCGUCCCAUAAAUAGGCGAUUCGAAAUUGUCGAUCAUUAUUUCAAAGUGA